CGCCGUUGGAGAGACAGUAGUCUACUCUAUCGUAGUGCCAGGUGCCAGACUGCCAACCCCCACACCCCAAGCCAUUGCACGACCUCAAGUCUCAGCCUCUGCUGGCGGUGGGAGGGCGGUGGGAGGGCGGUGGUGCGCGGUGGUCGACCUGUUUCGUAAUUCAUUCUUCCAGAUUCCAACCCCAAAACCCACACAAAGCAAAAUCAAAUAAAACAGAGAGGAGAGUGUUUGAGUCAAAGAGACCCGCCGUGCCACUUGUACUGUACCAAUGGCUUUUCAUUUCCAGCGCCGCCGCCUCCACUACUACCACCGCUUUCGCUUUCUUCUUCCCCUCAUUUCGGCCAUAUCCGGAGCCCUUCUCGUCCUCUUCGCUCUUCUCUUGGUUCUUGCUCCUUCCCCUCUCGAUGUCAAUAACCUCCAUCAACCGCGUCAUUCUUCUACGUUCGAUGUUGCCGUGGACGACGAUGCCGUUUCUGCACGGCUUACUGUCUUUCGUGUUCCAAGCGGUGGAGGGAGAUUGGAUCGUGAUAUUUGGAGCUCCAGGAAUUCCAAAUUCUACUAUGGAUGCAGCAAUGGCACCAAGAAAUUUCCAAAUGUUGAUGAAAUUACGCGUCCUAAUAGGUACUUGGCGAUUGCAACCAGUGGAGGCUUGAAUCAACAAAGAACUGGGAUAACAGAUGCUGUUGUAGCAGCUCGUAUACUGAAUGCUAGUCUUGUUGUUCCAAAGUUGGACCAGAAAUCUUUCUGGAAGGAUGCAAGUAACUUUUCAGAGAUUUUUGAUGUUGAUUGGUUUAUAUCAUUUCUGUCAAAAGAUGUUAAAAUCAUAAAACAGCUUCCAAGGAAGGGAGUUAACAUGUGGACGCCAUCCACUAUGCGUGUUCCAAGGAAGUGUAGUGAAAGAUGUUAUCAAAAUCGUGUAUUACCUGUUCUUUUGAAAAGGCAUGCUAUUCAGCUCAACAAGUUUGAUUACAGACUUUCAAACAGGUUGAAUACAGAUCUGCAAAAAUUAAGAUGUAGAGUCAACUACCAUGCUUUAAAGUUUACUGACCCAAUACAGAAAAUGGCCAAAAAGUUGGUUCAUCAAAUGAGGAUGAGAAGCAAGCAUUAUAUUGCAUUGCACCUGAGGUAUGAACCUGAUAUGCUUGCAUUCUCAGGAUGUUAUUAUGGUGGAGGAGACAAGGAAAGGAAAGAAUUGGGUGCCAUACAAAAGAGGUGGAAGACUUUACAUAUUAGCAAUCCUGAUAAGCCAAGGAGGCAUGGGAGGUGUCCACUUACUCCAGAAGAAGUUGGUCUUAUGUUGAGAGCACUGGGUUAUGGCAGCGAUGUUCACAUCUAUGUGGCAUCAGGGGAAGUCUAUGGAGGAGAAGAAACAUUGGCACCCCUUAAGGCACUAUUCCCCAACUUUUAUUCGAAAGAGACAAUAGCAACCAAGGAGGAAUUGGAACCAUUUUAUUCAUUUUCUUCUCGCAUGGCAGCACUUGACUUCAUAGUUUGUGAUGAGAGUGAUGUCUUUGUCACCAACAACAAUGGCAAUAUGGCCAAAAUAUUAGCCGGACGAAGGAGAUAUUUUGGACAUAAGCCCACUAUUCGUCCAAAUGCUAAAAAACUCUACCGGUUGUUCCUAAGCAAAGAGAACAUGACCUGGGGAGCUUUUGCUUCUAAUGUUCGUACUUAUCAGAGAGGCUUUAUGGGUGAGCCGAAUGAAGUGAGGCCAGGCAGGGGUGGUUUUCAUGAGAACCCAUAUACCUGCAUAUGUGAAGAUUCUCAGGCCAAGGCCAAGAGGGAUGUAGGACCUAGAAAAUAUGGUAGGAGUAGUAACAUAACAGGAAAAGACGAAGUAGAUUUUGAUGCCCAAAACGUGGAAGAUGAUCCAGAAGGGCCUGAUACUGAUGAGGAUGAGUAUCAAAGUGCCCCCUUGGACAAUGAUUUGUUUAACAGAAGAGGCGUGGAUUAUGAUGCUGUCAACUCCGAGGAACCUGAAUUGGAGGAGAUGCUUUCAGACUAGACGGUUCUAUCUUGACCCUUGCUAAUAGCUGUCAACUGCAUUUAACUGAUUCUUAUACGCAAUUUCUUCAUAUUUCCCCCCUCAAAUUUUUCAAGCUCUAGACGAAAGUUUUGGAUACAAUUCCUCCGAUAUCUACUGUAUAUAAAACUAAGAGGAUAGAUAAUGUGCAUCCCACAUGUAUGAACACCGGCACAAGGUUCAUUGGAGGGCAGCAAACUGAUUUUCGACUUGUGAAACACUCUGGGCAAUGCGAUGGCUGGCAUCCAUAAGUGACCUGAGUGGAUGAUGGAUUUUCAGAAAGCAACGAGUCGGAAACGGGUUAUGUGGGCUGAAGCAGAGAAUGGGUGUCGUAACCAUGGAUGGCUUGAGCCUUGAGACUUAUUCAUACUAGGGAUUUUUGAGCGACUCACAAGAGGUUAAAUGUUUAGCUUCUCCUCCCUUCAAGUCACCUGAGAUGUCACAGAGGUGCGGGGAUGGGGUGGGUUCAUUCUUAUACGGAUGUUUUUACCAAAUUGAGAGACGGACGGCAGCUGUAAAUAAAAUUUAGACUUGACCAAUCAAAAAUUCCGAAUUAACUUCCGGGACUUGCUAGCAUUUUCUAUAUAUGUGAUUCCAUUUUGCAACCUA